CCAUCGCCUCCUUCACGAGCCGCAUGCCGGGCUUCUGGCGCCGCGCCGCCUGGCUUGCGCUGCACCUCGUCCUGCUGGCCCUGCUGGCGCCCGUCGCCACCGCCCUGCUGCUCGUGGGCCUCGUGCUCGAGCUCGUCCUGCGUCUAGUCGUCGCGCUCGUUUAUGGGCUGGUCGUGCUCGUCAAACUGCUGUGGAAGGUAGUCGAGGUUCUCGCCGCCGCGGCCCUGUUCAUCGCCGCCGGCGCCUGCGUCGUCGGGCUCGUCGUCGGAGCCGUCUACGUCUCGCUACCGCUCAUCGUCGCGGGGGUCGUCAUGUUCCUCGUCGCCUCGCUGGGGGGCCUGCCUUUUCCGGACCUCGACACGCCUCAAGAGUCCUCGGACAGGCCGUGGUCUCGUGCCCAAUGGGUCGGUGGCGUCGUCAUCGCCUGCUCUCCGGUCGCUGCGAUCGUGGCGACCGUGUAUUUGUUUGGCUGGCUUUGUGCCAACGCUCCAGACGGCCGUUUUGUGGUUGGCUCGGGAGGAUGUAAGCGAUGUCUGUGGCUGGCCGUGUCAUUUCCCUUUUGCAUAGUUAAUGAUGGUGUAUAAAUCGGUAUAAAAUGGCGAGGCCACUGUCAUAUACUGCAUGUUCUUGCGCGGGGGUUGUCCCUGCUUAGGUAGUUAGACGGACACGCAUUAAUGAUGGUCUCAAUUUCACAAGUCGCAAGUGUCCGAGGGUUGGGCACACUCCAGGCACCCGGGG